GUACUUUCAUCCACCCAGAGUUGCUCAAACACAGAGAGUUCCUCGACCUCGACUGGACUCCCUUCGCUGUUGACCCAAUCCGCCGCCGCGUCCAAGAUGGCAUCUCCGGCGCCGCCGCUUAAGGACGCCGUCGGAGGCCUGGACCGCGACCCCUUCGUCGCCCUCCUCGCCAAGCUCAUCGGCGAGUCCCAGCGCCUGCAGAACGACCCGCCGGCCCUCGUCCCGCAGGAGGACCUCGUGGCGCAGCACGUCGUCGACGCGCUCCGCCCGGUGUCGACGGACACCGGCGGCGGCCCGCUCGUCGUGCGGAAGGUGAGCUACACCGACGGCCGGAGCAACGUCAUCGUCGAGUACCCCGGCACCGUCCCCGGCCGCGUCGUCUCCUUCGUCGGCAUGCACAUGGACGUCGUUCCGGCCAACCCUAGCGAAUGGGACUUCGAUCCCUUCUCACUAACCUUCGAAGGUGAUGACAAGGAAAAGCUUAGGGGCCGUGGGACGACGGACUGCCUUGGUCAUGUGGCGCUAGUGACUCAGCUCAUGCGGCGGCUUGGUGAGGUGAAACCACCAUUGAAGCAUUCUGUCAUUGCGGUGUUUAUUGCCAAUGAAGAGAAUUCAUCGGUCACUGGCAUUGGUGUUGAUGGUCUUGUCAAGGAUGGUUUGCUGGAUAAGCUCAAGACUGGACCCUUGUUUUGGAUAGAUACUGCGGAUAAGCAGCCAUGCAUUGGUACUGGUGGGAUGAUCCCUUGGCAUCUAAAGGCAACAGGGAAGCUGUUUCACAGUGGCCUUGCACAUAAGGCCAUAAAUUCGAUGGAGUUAAAUAUGGAUGCACUUAAAGAAAUCCAAACUCGGUUUUACAAUGACUUCCCUGCACACGAGAAAGAGAAGCUCUACAAGUUUGCUACUCCAUCUACGAUGAAGCCAACAAAGUGGAGUUAUCCUGGUGGGGGUCUGAACCAAAUUCCUGGAGAAUGUACAAUUUCAGGGGAUAUAAGGUUGACUCCUUUCUAUAGCACGAGUUUUGUUGUCCAGAAGUUAAAAGAGUACGUAGAUGAUAUAAAUGCUGGACUUGAAACAAAGCUUCCUACUCGUGGUCCAGUUUCGAAAUAUGUUCUUCCGGAUGAAAAUCUGCGAGGAAGGCUUGAAAUUGCUUUUGAUGGAGAUGUGAUGAAUGGGGUGGCCUGUAAUCUUGAGUCUCGGGGCUUUCAAGCAUUAUGCAAAGCAACUGAGGAAAUAGUCGGAUACGUAGAGCCAUAUUCCAUCACCGGGAGUUUGCCUCUGAUUCGUGAAUUACAGGAUGAAGGAUUUGAUGUUCAAACUGCUGGAUAUGGCUUACUGAAGACGUACCACGCGAAGAACGAGUAUUGUCUGUUUUCAGAUAUGGCCCAAGGCUUUCAAGUGUUUGUAAGCAUCAUUUCGCAGCUGGAAGCAGAUGCUUAAGCCUUCUUUAAGGCAUGAAAGGUUACCUUAUUGGACACCUAUUCCUGCUACUCGGGGAUCUAAUAAAAGUGUUUUGAGCUUAGUCUAAA